ACGAUAGGGAGGGAGGGAGGGAGGGAGAGUGUUUGGGUAGUUGUCUCUGUCAGUACUCUGUGUACCAUCUCCAGCCUGUCAGACAGUCGCCCUACACAGAGUGGAAGCCAUCUGUGCCAGAUUGAGUGAAGAUGGCGUUCUUCCCUGUCCUCCUCCUCCUCUCCGUGGUCCAGCGUGGUUCCUCCCAGGACCCUGAUGAGGACUCGUUGGCAGUGCCCCGGGGGUGUGGCUGGGGCCUGGUGCGCCCCUACACCCUCCUCUGCGACCUGGACUCUGUUUGGGGCGUGGCGGUCGAAUCUGCAGCGGCCGGCGGCGCCCUGGCUGCCAUUAUACUGGGCCUGAUCAUCCUCUGCCGACUACACCACGUGAGCGAGGCGGAGAAGCGCAGCGGCGUGGGACCCAUUCUCCUCCUGCUCCUGGGCAUCCUGGGCCUGUUCGGCCUCAGUUUCGCCUACCUCAUUGAGCGUGACGAACAGCUGUGUCUUCUGCGCCGUGCCCUCUGGGGACUGCUCUUCGCCCUGUGCUUCUCCUGCCUGCUGGUGCAGGGUGUGCGGCUCCGGAGGUUGGGCAGCGAGCGCCGGAGCCCGGGGGGCUGUACUCUGACCGGCCUGGCCCUGGGGCUGAGCGCCGUCCAGGGGAUCAUCGCCGCCGAGUGGCUCCUGCUCACGGUGCUCAGGGAGGGCAGAGCGGCCUGCCAGUACCUGCCUCUGGACUUCUCCUUAGCCUGUAGCUAUGUGCUUGCGCUACUGCUAGCCGCGCUGGGGGCGGCCUCCUUCGCUCUCUGUGGGAAGACCCGGCAGUGGCGCUGUAACGCGGUCUGGCUCCUCUCCGCCUGUCUGUUGUCCCUCCUCCUCUGGGUUGCCUGGGUGGGCUUCUAUCUCUACGGUAACGCCUGGCUGGGGCGGUCCCCGGACUGGGAUGAUCCAGCAUUGGCAAUAGCACUGGUGGCACAGGGUUGGCUCCUCCUCCUGUUCCACGCCGUGCCCGAGGCACACUCCUGUCUCUGCUCCCCGCCACAACCCUCCGCCCCUGACUAUUUUGACACGUCCCAGGCCCCGUCCCGCAUGAGGGAGACCAGCUUCGACGAGGACAUCCCCCUCUCACACAGGCAGUUUCCGGAGAACCAGGGCUACGGCUUUGACGAAAACACUGCAGGUCUGAGGAGUGCAGGUCAUCAUAAUGGUAACACAGCGCCCAGACCCAGUGCCCCCUUCCGCAGCAACGUGUACCAGCCCACUGAGAUGACCAUGAUCCUGAAUGGGGGAGCGGUGAGUUCUCAUAUUGUCCCCUCCGCACCCCCGACCUAUACGGGGCGGCAGCUGUGGUGAAGGACAGAGAUGAAGAAGAAGAGGAAGGAAGAAUGGGGUGAUGAAGAAGGGAUGAAGGGUCCUUGGACAGAGGAAUAACCCAGAGAGGAUAACUAUAACAUGGACACCACCCCCCCAGAUCUCUAUGUGCGUAUGGGGACAGACAGUUAAACAGAUGACUUACUGAGGGCUUACACACACCACCCACCCUGUGUUAAUCAAAUACACCAACCAACCACUGAAUGAGUGUGACUGAGGGGGAGAGCAGGUAUGCAGGACAGAUCAAAACAUUACAGGUAGUUUUGAAGUUAAAUCAGUGUAGGAGAUAUUCAACUUAAAAACAACCCUAUUUUGGUUGCAAAUGCUGUGGAGACCAUUUUCAUCUGGGAGAUGUGAGGUUUGAAAUGUUGACUGUCAGGUUUCUUUUGUAUGAGUCAAGUUUACUCCCACGAGACUACUAAGCCACUGUAUAACUUCUGAAAAACUGUGAAACCUCUCUCCCUUUUGAGAUAUUUGCUCUGUUUUUGUUGUUUAUUUUGGGAGAAACUCUUCUAAAGCAGAAUGUUUUGCUCUGUCCUCCAUCCUCCUGUAGAUACGAUACCUUACAGCCCUGUACCUCACCACAGCCCAUCACACAAUAGAAUAACACACGGACAAGUAUGGCUUAAACUCCAACCUCUCUAGCCAGUGUGUGCCUACAGGUAACUGCCAAAAUACAGGAAACACCAACAUAAAGUGUCUUAAUAGGGUGUUGGGCCACCAUGAGAACAGCUUCACUGCACCUUGACAUAGAUUCUACAAGUGUCUGGAACUCUGUUGGAGGCAGGCGACACCAUUCUUCCAUGACAAAUUCCAACAUUUGUUCUUUUGUUGAUGGUGGUGGAAACACUGCCUCGGGCAUCUCUCCAGAAUCUCAUAUGGUUUACAUCGUUUUCAUGCCCAUCAAACCAUUCAGUGACCACUCGUGCCCUGUGGAUGGGGGAAUUAUCAUCCUUAGGGGGGAUAGUUAUGGUAGCCAAAAUAAUUGCCUGCUCAGCAUUUUUAUACCUGACUCAAAGAAUGAUGGGAUGUUAAUUGCUUAAUUAACUCAGGAACCACACCUGUGUAGAAGCACCUGCUUUCAAUAUCUAAUUUUAGGGAUGGGCAUUUGAAAUAAUUUCACUAUUCGAAUAAUAUCAUGAUUUUUUGUGGGGGAUAUCUGGAUAGUCGAGUUGUUUAAACUUGGGAAUUAGAUUGCUGUGCAGCCUGUGCUACUUGCGUCCCGCUUGCUUGUGUGUGUGAUUGGCAGGUACCAGUGAGUUUUACGAGAGAGAGAAAGAGAGAAAGAGAGAGAGAGAGAGAGUAGCCAUACAGACUAAUUAAAGAAAUUUGUAGAUUCCAUAGGUUAUCCAUCAUCCCAUCUGGUAGUGCCUGUCUUGUAUGCUUCAAAUAAAUCUAAAGAAGCUAGCUAUGUUAGCCAGCUAUAUUAGCCAGCUAGCUAGCUACCUAGGCUAAAAGUACUUAAGGUUAUUUUGCUGUGCUUCCCGUCCUUGUCUACAACAACUCCAUUCAGAUUAAACAACAGCUUACCUGAUGGUUUCUGGUAGUUGUAGCCUACUCCUUCUCAUUUAACUAACUUCAUUCUGUCAUUUUAAUUCCAUUUGGCAUUGAUUAGAGAUCUCCCACGUUGCUUACUACACAUGGAGCCACUGAGUGUAGACGGUGCCACUUUGAUUGGCCGACAAUAACACACACGUGAAACCCGUGUAGGCUACUAUGGUAUGUACUUUAUGUCAUAAAAACUACAUUCAAAAGAUAGUUUUAUUGAAUUAAAAAUGUCAAAUGUCAUGGCAUAUCCUUGUGUGUAGUAUUGUCUCAUAAAUAAUUAAAUUUAGACAAAUC